AUCCUCUAUUUUCUCAUUUUUCAGUUUCAUUCAUUCAUUCAUUCAUUCUCAUGAGUUCUCAAACACUCAUCAUUUUCUCUUUAUAAGCAGAAAAAGCCACUUUAUGCAAACUAGCUUUGGCUAAUCAUGAAGUGCUUUCUACCUUGUUUUGCUGCUUCCAAACGCCGCCGAAAGCAUUCCCGUUCUGCAAAUACACACCAAACCCAUGUUGCAGAAGGAGCUCUUGAACCUGCUAUUCAGCUCACAAAGCAAAAGACUGAUGUUGAAGAAGCCAUUGACUACAUAGCUGAAUCAAAAAUAGCAAUUGAAGAGCAAUCAAUUAAAGGUGCUGAAGCUGAAAUUACAUCUACCAAGGAACUAGCAAAGAACAUUGAAGGAAGUCAAGGAACAAAGGAGGAGCAUGAAAAAGCAUCAAGUGAGGAGAAGAAGGAUAGUGAUGAAGGGGAUGAUGAGUUUAGUAAAGGAUUGGCUCAAGAAGAAUCUUCAGGGUCACUCUUUUCACUGUCCUUUGAAUCUAGAAAACAAGUUUCAGCUGCCACAAAUAUGGAGAUUGAAGUUGAUAGUCCAAUGCAACUCCCUCGUGUCAUCCACACCAUAAAAGAGGCACAUGAAGCAUCUGGGUCAGUAAUGAAUCCACUUGGAAAUGAUUCUCAGGGAAAGCCAUCAGAGAAGGAAGCAGAGGAAGAGAACACCAUGCUGCUAGAUGAGCAACCAAUCAUGAGAAAGGUGAAAUCUUCUGCUGAAGAACUAAUCAACAAGUUGGAGGAAAACAAUGAGGACAAAGGGAAAGCAACAGGGUCGAAUCACCAUGUCUCCAAUUAUCGAUAUCAAGAUUGCUCUGAUGAUGGAUAUGAGGAUGUUAAUAUGGAAGAACAGGCUCAAGAAGAGUCUUCAGAAUCUCUGUUUUCUCUAUCCACUGAUUCUAUAAGACGAUUUUCAUCAACUGAAAAAGCAGAGAAUGAAGUCAACAGUAUAAUUCCAGCAGAUGUUUCAGUUCCUAUCACAAAUGAAGAAACUCAAGGAAGGAUUCUAGAUGACUCUUCAGUGCUGAAUCCAAUUGAGAAUCUUGCUCAAGGAAGUGUGAUCAAAGCAACAGUGCUACAGCCUCCAAAUGACGAUAAAGAAAACAUCAAUUCGGUAGUGCAGGAUGUUGACAUACCCACUACCCCAGAGCCAAAUUUGAAGCUGUCAAACCGCAAUGCAAGGCAGAGGAAGAUCAAUGACAAGAAGAAAGAAGUUGGGGUAGACACCAGCCUUUCAAACUGGUUGGCUGAUUCGGAAACUACACCGGUUUCCAUGAAUAGUACAAAUUCUGUGGGAGAACAGACACCAAAUGGAGGAAGAGGUUCACCUUGGAGUCGUGAGGAUAGGCCAAUUCUGGGAGCAUUGACAGUUGAGGAGAUAAAAAAGUUCUCAGUAUCUGCAUCUUCAAGAAGGACUAGAAGUCCGAGUCCGGACGAUACACCUAUCAUAGGAACUGUGGGGAGUUACUGGAGUCAUACAGGGCAGAGCAAGAAUUCGAAAUCCAACAACAGUGGAAAGGAUGCGAAACUAAAAUGGAGUUCUCCAAGAGUGAAGACCAGACUAGAUCGGGCGUUCGAAGCUAGUGUUGCUGAAAACUAAAAUGGAGGAGAGAGAUUGAGCAUGAUUAUUGACAAGGCCUUAUUUUCCUUUCUUAGUG